AUGGCAUCGGGAUCAGCCCGAAAGUUACCGGCGCGCCUUCUAUACUCCCCCUGCACCAGAUACGUCGGCCCCGCGCCGCCACGGGCAUCCGCUGCCGCCCUGCUCGCCUGCAAUUUUCAUAUCCUCUCUUUCUCCGCCGGAAGCGGUGGCGCCGCGCGGCUGAGGAAGGCGAAGGAGGAAUUGUGGAAGGAGUACCUGAGGAAAGGCAUGAUUGUCGGGAACGACCGGGAAGGAGAUGAUUGCGUGAUUACUGCACAUGACGAGGAGAUGUCCGAUAGCAUUGGAUUUGAAGAUAAGAGAAAAGUGAGCCCACAGGCUCCAGAUAAGGAAAAUGCCAAGAGACCGGCCAUUACAGGGCUGCUCGAUGCCUCCCUCGCCUCUAGAUUUCUUUCGGAUCCAAUCAUCACCGAUAAGUGUGAUAUACUGGCCAAAGACGAGUUUGUUGUUCAAAUGGCACAGCAACUUCUGGAGGCACUCCAAGCUUCUACAGUUCUCGAGGAUGGGACAUUUAAUGACUCUGCAUUCGAGCAUUUUGCUCUGGUGAUGAGAAUAUGGAGAAAUGAUGUGUUUAAUACCCUGAUUGGAGAAAUGAUUUACGAGGAUUGCGUUUCCGAUAUCAUAGACAAACUUUCAAAUGAAGUGGAAAAUGAACAAAUUGGAGAACGUAUGUGCCGUAUCAAGGCAGAUCACAACUUGAGUGAUAUUCUCCAACUCAAAAAGCCGCCUGCUACAAUGAUAAGGGGACUUUUGAUCAUUGUACUUGGGUAUUGGAGUUAUAAUAAGCUGCCUUUGAUGUUUGAUGAAAAAUUAAUGUGUUUUGAUGGAGACUGUGGAUAUGAAGGGCAUAAAGUUGCAGAAGAUGGAUAUGAGAUUAUCGAAAGAGAAAUUGUGAGUGACAUGGAGAUUGGUUUGGCAUCAGAGGAACACAGUACACGGUUAAUAAAGACUCCCAUUCAGAGCCUUGAUGAUGAACUAUUCAUUGUGGAGUUGGCCCAUGACUUAAAGCAAGAUUCCUGCCUUUUUGGAAAAACACAACAAUGUAUGGAAUUCCUUCACAUCUUUGAUCCUAAAGAUGAUGGAUCUUUGUUUUCCGCGGAACUACAUUAUGAUUUAGCUCAUGAAGUUUUGGAGGAUCUCCACUUUAUUCAAUUGCUUAUCGAGAGUCUUAAGAUGGACUUCGAAGGUCGUCGGUUAGUAAAACAAUAUGGCAAACGAGCUAAGGUUAAGAAUGAAGAUGUGUUGGCUACAGUUAAAAAUAUCGUUAAAGAUCCUGGCUUCCAUCAAUACAAGGACCAUAUUGAAAAGAAUGAAGUUCGUGCUGUGAGAGUUUUUUUGAGUAUUUUAAUCGUUCACUGGGUGUACGAUGAUGUGCUUAAGAAGGUUAAUACGGAACUUUGUGAAUAUGAUCAAGCGAUAUGGGAAGCGACACAGAUUGCAAGUGCUGAUGCUUGGAAAGCUACGGGUUAUGAUGAUGUAGAGGCUGAAAUCUGUUAUGUUACUAGAUUUGCUGGAGAUUUGAAGGGUUUGACGGAAGCGUUGGGUAAAGUAUACGGUACUAGACCUUAUAAGCACAUUUUUGAUAAGUUCAAGAAACUGCAAUUUUAUUGGGAGAUUAAUGCUAGAAGAAAUCAGUACGACGUCAGAUUGGAUAUUGAUGCAUAUAGUUGCAACGGCAGAAGACCAGGUGGUAGCUGUGGGGUCAUCUAG